AUGGAUUCCACACUACCAAUCAAGCCAAAGGCAACGCUGAUUCUUGAUCUGCCCCCGAGCUGCCUGCUCUUCUCUCCUACACAUCCAGAUUUCUUCGUGGUGGGCACCUACAACCUGCAAAAGGACGACACAUCCGCGGGGCCAUCAGAUGAAGACCCAAAAGCAGAAGAUGCAAAGAAGCCGCAAAGCCGUAAUGGUAGCCUUGUCGUGUUCCGGCUAGAAGGCGACAAAAUCAUCAAGCUACAGACUACGCCGCAUCCGUCUGCUUUACUAGAUCUACGGUUCCACCCCGACAUAGCCAGGCACCAAGACAUCCUGGCCGUAGUGUCGAGCACGGGUACACUGGCCAUCUUCAGGUUCGACCCGGAGCGAGACGCAGCCAGUCCUCUGCAGCACGUGGCAACGAGCCGAUGUACUGACCUGGACGACGACACUCUUUUUCUUCAAUGCGCCUGGCAUCCCACCUUGGCCAAUGCUAUUGCCGUCACGACCUCGUCUGGCCUUGCCAGACUCUUGCACUUGGACCGCGACUGGAAGAUUGAGGGCCACAUCGAUUUGGACGUACCAAACUCUCUCGAAGCCUGGUCGAUUGCAUUCUCUUCACCUCUUGACCAGGGUCAGCAAACCGUCUCUGCAUAUUGCGGUGGGGAUGAUUCGAUGCUCCGGUACGCAUCAUACUCUGUGGGAGACGGAGGUUUGGUCCAGGAUUCCGAGGCCUUGUUUCCCCCAGUAACGAUAAAGGGUCAACACGAUGCCGGAGUCACGGCUAUUCUACCCCUGCCGCUUUUCACAGACGACGGUGGCCGCGUCGUCGUCACCGGGAGCUACGAUGACCACAUGCGUGUUUUCUCCAUCCAUGAUCUUGAUGCAUCAUACGGCAUGAAGAAAGUGCGACGCCUGGCAGAGAAGAACGUUGGUGGCGGGGUGUGGCGGCUGAAUCUGGUAGACAUCAAGUCGCCGCGGACGGUUCGCGUGUUGGCCUCUUGCAUGCACGCAGGUGCUCGACUGUUAGAGAUUUCAAGCGACGGCUCGGGCUGGGCCUGCACGGUCCUUGGGCGGUUUGAGGAACACAAAAGCAUGAACUACGCUUCGGAUUUCGUCCCGUUGCCAGGGAGCGAGAGUGGGCUGCGCUGCGUCUCGACGAGCUUUUACGAUAAGCUACUUUGCUUGUGGGAUUAUGAGGGGAGCCAUGUUCCAGAAGCGGCACUACCGGCCGCAUAA